UCGUUUGAGGCAAUGGUGGAAACAGUGCCAGAACUAGACUAUAGAAUCAGCGUUACUCUGCCUAAGAGUUCAAACUAUGCAUUGUUUUUAUCCUCUGGAUGUCUGAAUGCAUCAGCAUGAAAUAUGACGAGGAGUUGUAUCGGGCUUUAUUUUGUCUACGUUAUAUUAACAUCUAUACGAAUCCAAUGUUUUGUGUCCCGUACAGGUUUAGGUAGCGAAGACGAAAGCAAACUGGUGGAGGACCUCUUUGACAAGACAGGUUAUAACCCACUUAUACGACCUGUGCAAAACCUGUCGGACAAGCUAAUGAUCAAUUUUGGACUUACUAUGAUUCAACUCAUCAAUGUGGACGAAAAGAAUCAAAUCAUGAAGACUAACGUAUGGCUGCAAACGGUGUGGUAUGAUUAUCAGCUAGUGUGGGACCCUGCAGACUAUGGAGGGAUCUCGUCAAUCCGCGUACCCAUGGACAAAGUAUGGACUCCAGACAUUGUCCUGUUUAACAACGCCGACGGGAAAUAUCAAGCAGAUUACCGCUCUAAUGUAGUCAUGUAUAACGACGGAACAAUGUUGCGCGUGCCUCCAGCUAUUUUCAAAAGCUCAUGUGAAAUCGAUGUCAAGUAUUUCCCUUUUGAUGAGCAAGAAUGUGAAAUGCAUUUUGCUUCAUGGACAUACUCUGGCGACCAACUCACGUUUGUAUGGUAUAAGAACGAUGACAAAGAUUACAGUACUGUUGAUUUGGCGGAAUAUAUGCCAAGUGGCACAUGGGACAUCGUUGUAGGACCGGGGGCUAUAAUUAAUAAGCCAGGUAGAAACGGAAAACCAUCCCAAGAACGAGUGGUUUACUACCUGAAAAUAAGACGAAAAACUCUCUUUUACAUCGUGAACUUAAUAAUACCAUGUGUAUUGAUAUCAUUUUUGAGCGUUGGGACAUUCUACCUACCGAGCGAUGCAUGUGAGAAGAUAACGCUCAGUAUAUCCAUUUUGAUCGCAUUGACUGUGUUCAUUUUGCUGAUGUCAAAGAUGUUACCCCCAACAUCGUUAUCAGUCCCACUUCUUGUAAAAUUUCUUAUGUUUACAUUUAUAAUGAACAUAACUUCCGUUCUCCUGGCUGUUAUGACUAUAAAUUGGCAUUUUAGAUCUCCAAAUUCGCACAGGAUGCCAACAUGGGUCAGGGUUGUGUUCUUAAACUACUUACCAAGACUUCUCCUUGUCAAACGUCCAGAUCACGAAGGACAGUAUCGUCGAGGCUGGGAGAAACGAAAGGGAGUUGAACAGGGUUCAGAAAUGAUGACCCCGGCGACUUCGAAGAGAAAUAUGCGAGAUUUAGAAUCAAAAGAAACUUCAGGUGGUCAGAGCACAUGUGUACACUCUUACAUGACGAACGGCCAUAAUGAAAUGGAGGAUGAAAACAACCCCCGCCGCUAUUUGCCAGAAAUCUACAGAUCGGCAGAUUCUGUCUCUUUCAUUGCUAAACACUUGAAAGAAAGUGAUGAAUAUGAGAAUGAAGUACAAGAUUGGAAAUACUUCGCCUUGGUGGUGGACCGAUUGGUUCUCUACUUGUUUUUCAUAGUCACCGCAGGCGGGACAUUGGGAAUGUUUUUUGAUGUUCCACACUUGUUUCAUCGCCAAGAGGCCUUAACUGGAUGAAUCAAACGUUUCUCUCUCACACACAUACGCGCGCACACACACCAACACGCGCAUGAGCUGCGCGCGUUUUCUUACAUGAAAAAAAUCCAAACUCAACUAUACAUGAAAUAAACUUACGUAUUCACACUGCAACAACUGCCAACACAUGGAAGCACUUGAAUGCGUACAAGAUUUACACUGCACAUACCUUUUUUGGGGGACAAAAGAAGUGAAUUGUUUUAAGCAUCUGUUGUAACUUAGUUAUAAUAUGCACGAACUUAUACACGGUUCAGUCUCAUUGAAAUAAGCUAUUGACAUUGAAAAUUAGCUUUUUCUAAUUACAUAUUUUACAUUACCUGUAAAAUGUUGAUAUGGGAUCUUAAUUCUUAUUGUGCCGAGGUUUUCCUUUACAGAAUAAGUCAACGUAGUAAAUUUAUGUUGGAAAAACCUCAACUUGUCCUAAAAUGCUUAAUGAUGCUGAAUAAUGUAGUAUAUAUAGGUCCUUAUUUGCUUGUAAAAAUGCUUUUAAAGUUCACUUAGCGGUCAUAGUAUUUUUUACGAUCUGAAUAAUACCCACGUAGGGAGCGUGGGGGUGCGUUUGAAUCCAGAUGCCCCCACUUUCUCCGCCUCAUUUCCGGGAGUCACCACUUAUUCCUGUUUUCUGCUUUUUAUUUCAUAAGGCUGCCCGGAGAUAGUAGGAUAUAUAUAAAACUUAAUGUUACUUUAAAUUGAAAUUACGGUGAUUGUUAACGUAAAUGAAGGUCUUUGAUGGUGAUAUUUGUAUGUUUGAAAUUGCUGUACAUGAUAUUCUACGUGAUUGCAAUAUUUGUCAGUAUUAUCCAAGGGGAUAUUGUUAAUAGGGGAACAGUUUGUGUAUAUCGUUUAGUCGAGGUAUUUGAAUGAAGUAAAUUGACCUUGUUGCUGAUAUACAGCCGUUAAGGAGCCCCCCUAAGCAUACUAUUGUCUAUUUAAACGUUGCAUAUACAUGUAGUUAAAUCCAAUUUGAAAUAUUGUUAAAAAGACUUGUGUAGCCUAUGUUUCGGGUCCAAAAUAUAGUACAAACAUAUGCAUAGCGUGUGAUACACGUUAUGUUUGAUAAUUUAAUUGUUGCACGGUUGUGAAAAUAGUACAUUUAGAGAUAGAGAUUUCAGGAGUUCUGUAGAAAUCGUCAUGGUUUGUUUCCUUGUUGAUGUAAGUGUGACCACCGACUAGCUGACGUUUACUUGGUUGGGCUCAGUGAUUUGCUAGGAUUACCCUUUUUAGGAAGUAUUUAGAUAGAAUCUUCAGUACUAGGCAAAAAAAGAAGACUGUAUAUUUCACCUCAUGGAUUGUAAAAAACGUAUUCAUUGUGUAGAUGCAACUAUACUUGUACGUGUACGUGUAGAAGAAAGGGGAGUUAACCAGCUGCUUCAUCUAAAAACCCUGCUUUGAUAGAAUUGAUAAUUACAAACAAUGGAUAUUUAUUUAGGAAGUAGUACCGAAUGCUUUUGCUCUAAUUUCCUUGUAUUUUGUAUUACAUAAUAAGGAAUAGCCAUUUUACAAGCUUUUUGGUAUGGGGCAUACAAAUGUUUAAUGGAGAUAUGAAAAAUACCCCGUACAGACAUUUUAUUCGGAUUUGUCGAUUAAAAGAAAAAGAAAUGUAUUGAAACACCAGAUGAAUAUGAUUUAGAAAUAUUUAGGAUGCUUUUAUUAAUAAAAACAGCGACAAGGACCAUAGCAAGCAAAUCAAAGUCGCAUCUCAAUUGAGCCAGUUUGAAGAGAUGUCAGUUUUUCGCCUAAUGUACAUCAAUCAUAUUCAAGAAUAAAAGCUUGCAAACGGGAAUGCUUUAUCCUUAUGCCGUUUUUUUUUA